AUGAAGUUUGUUCAGCUUUUCUGGUGUUUCGCAGCCAUUCUUUCGCUUGUGGUAGCUGCCCCUCAAGGUAUAGUGGAGCUUCCUUCUAAGGAUCCCUUCUAUUCUGCACCAGAAGGGUACGAAAAGGCGGAAUUGGGAACUGUUUUGAAAAUUAGAAAAACACCACAUCCGCUUAGAAGUGUAUAUUUUAAAAUGAAAGUUAAAAACACAUGGCAAAUUUUAUACCGGUCUAGUGAUACUUUUGGUAAUGCAACUGCCGUUGUCACAACAAUAAUCGAGCCAUUUAAUUCAGAUCCAAAGAAAUUAGUAAGUUAUCAAAUUGCUGAAGAUGCUUCUCAUCCAGACUGUGCACCAUCAUACUCUAUUCAAUAUGGAGCAAGUAUGAACACUAUCGUGGCACAAGCUGAAAUGUUCUUGAUACAAAUUGCUUUGAAUCAAGGUUGGUGGAUUGUUACUCCUGAUUAUGAAGGUCCAAAGGCUUCAUUUACUGCUGGUAGACAAGCCGGCAAGGCUGUGUUGGACUCUGUUAGAGCAGCGCUCGCUUCAACAAACACCACUGGUCUCGAUCCUGAUUGUGAGGUUGUUCUCUGGGGUUAUUCGGGAGGUUCUCUUGCCACUGGCUGGGCCAGUGCACUUCAACCAGUUUAUGCGCCAGAAUUGAAGCCAAGACUCUUGGGGGCCACUCUUGGUGGAUUUGUUACCAACAUCACUGAAACAAUACUUGCCGUUGAUAACACAUUAUAUGCUGGAUUGAUUGCUAAUGGGAUUAAUGGAUUAAGUAAUGAAUACCCUCAAUUACAAAAUAUCGUUGAUGGAUAUUUGGAUCCAAAAUACAAACCGAUCUUUGAACGUAAUGGGAAUAAAUGCAUGGUCCUCUCGAUUAUGUAUACCGCAUAUGGCCAAAUCAUGAAGGGUGUAAACAAGUGGUUCCCAAAGGGGUACGAUAUGUUAUACAUGGCCACUGUUAAAGAUACCAUCUACAACACUACACUUGCAGUGGAUAAGACAGAAAUGCCACAGAUUCCUCUCUUCAUUUACCACGGUCUCAAAGAUGGCAUUGUUCCUGAGAAGAACAGUGAAAGAGCCUAUAAAAUCUGGUGUGAUUGGGGAAUUGAAUCGCUUGAACUUUCUGUAUCCACGCAUACUCGUCAUAUUACAGAAUUCGUUGCAGGUGCACCAGCAGCUAUCAAAUGGAUUGGCGAUCGUUUUGAUCAUAAGGCUCCUCUUAAAGGGUGUUCCAGGUCAGUAUUCCCCACCACAUUGCUGUAUCCUGGUAUAAGCAGUGAGAUUGUUGCUGCAGUGAAAGGUGCAGCACGAACUAUAUUUGGUCAAGACAUCGGACCAUUAAUUAAUUCUACACUGGCAUUGAAUGCAAGAGAUCUCAAUAAGCAUGAAAUUGAUCUCCGUGAUUAUGACCAUGUUGUCGAACAAUACUUGCAUAAACAAUACGAAAAACGAUCCAUGGGAGCGUUUGGAGAUUUUGGGUCUGAUGAACUUAUGGAAGAUUUGUUCUAG